AUGGGUGGGAGCAAAGGCAAAGCGUCCCAGCGCCAGGAGGGCCCCAGGAGGCCGGUCUCAGGGGAGCAGGAGUCCCGGUCGGGCAGCGCCCACUGCGCGCCCAGCCAGGAAGGCGGACAGGGUCGCGGUAAGGCCCGAAGGACCAGACCGGUCUUGGAACCGGUCACUGCGGGAAGCCACAGGACCCACGCCGGCCGCCGGAAGCCCACCGCAGAGCGGAACGGCGGCUGCAGACGGUCAGGGGCUGGGCCGCCAGCAGAGGCCCAGGGGAGACUAGGCAGUGCGCGGCGUCCGGGUCGCGGAUCUAAGGAGAGCCGCGAGCCCCGGGAGGACCGUGGCGGGCGCCUGGAGGAAGAGAGUCUCUCCCGAGAAGGGACAACGAGUGAGCUCUGCCGCCGCAGGAGGAGAGGAAAAGGGCGGGGACCCUCGGCUCGGCAUGGUUGCCGGGAGACUCGGAGCCUGCAUGGGGACACGUCGGGUGGAGACGGGGGCAGCUCUUGCCCGGACAGCGAAGCCCGCGAGGCCCAGGAGAGCGACAGCCAGAGCACUGGGGCCCCAGAGCUGCGACCCAAGCCGGAGCAAAAGGACACGGUCCUGGGAGACACCCAAACCGAGUCAGAGCCAGAGCUGGAACCCGGCGAACGCCCCAGCAGCGACGGCGGGGGCAGCGCUGAACCCCGGAGCCGGGAAGGGUCGUCGGGGGUGGGACCCCAGGGAGAGAAGGAGGAUUCCGGGACAGUCACGGAAUCGAGUCUGGAGGGGGCCGGACCUGGAGGGGGCCCACGGACAGCCCCAGGAACGGCGAGCCAGGCCACCGAAGCCGAAGAGACUAGGCCGGGCAAAAAACCCAAGGCCCCCAGCCCCCUCGAGGGCAGCCCAGAGUGCGUCUCCCGGAGCUCGAGGGCUUCUCGGGACGCCAGGCUGGCCCGGGACACAAGAAACAGCGAGGCGCGGCCGGAGGCUGAGUCGCAGGGCGCCGAGCCGGGAAGAGCCGAGGCCUCCGGGACUCGGCGCCUCCAGGUCGGAAAGGCGGUGGGGGAGGUGCAAGUGGCGGCAGGUGAGAGCGAAUCUGGGGCUGGAGGGGGAGACGGGCCCCGGGACCCAGCGCCGCUGGCCGCCCUCGUGGCGCUCCGCAGGCUCCGCGCGAAAUCCCCGACAUUUGGGGGACCCUUUCUGCUCUCCCUGAACCCCCGCCGGCCCCUGCCUCUCUUCUCAGCUGAGGUCCUGGCCAGCUACCACCCCAAGAAGGCCCUUAACACCACCCCACACAUCUUCGCCAUUGUGGUGUCAGCCUAUCGCUUGUCUCAGAGCACUGGGCAGGGCACAUGCAUUCUCCUCGGGUCCUCCCACAGUGGGCACAGUGGCUCAGGGAAGACAGAAGCUGCCAAAAAGAUUGUGCAAUUCCUAAGCAGCCUGGAGCAGGAGCAAACAAGGGACAGAAGAUGUCAGCUGGACGGUGUGCUGCUGAUGCUUCGCAGCUUUGGCCACGCCAAAACAGUCCUCAAUGCAAACGCCAGUCGCUUCGGCCAGGUCUUGCGUCUCUGCCUGCAGCGUGGGGUCAUCGUGGGAGCUUCUGUGUCACAUUAUCUGCUGGAGGCCUCGAGGGUGGUGUUUCAGGGCCAGGCCUGCAGGCUCCAGGGCAAGGAUGAUGCCCAGGACUUCGAAGGACUUCUGAAGGCCCUGCAGGUGCUGGUCACGCGCCCUGAGGAGCUGACCGCAGCCUGGGCCAUGCUGGCCGCCAUCCUGCAGCUGGGCAACGUCUGCUUCUCCUCUUCAGAGCGGGAGUCCCAGGAGGUGGCUGCUGUGUCCAGCUGGGCCGAGAUCCACACGGCAGCCCGGCUGCUGCUGGUGCCACCAGAGCGCCUGGAGGGGGCUGUCACCAGGAAGGUCACGGAGACAGCCUAUGGCUGGGUCUGCAGAUCUCUGCCGGUGGAAAGCGCCAUUGAUGCCAGGGACGCCCUGGCCAAGGCCCUGUAUUCACGGCUUUUCACUUGGCUUCUGGGGAGGACCAACGCGCAGCUGGCACCACCCGGGGAGGGAGAGAGCAUGGACACCGUCACCGUCGUGGACGUCUAUGGCUUUGAGGCCCUGCGGGUGAAUGGCCUGGAACAGCUGUGCAAUAACCUUGCCAGCGAGCGCCUGCAGCUCUUCACCAGGCAGACACUGCUGGCCCAGGAGGAGGAGGCCUGUCAGCGAGAAUUGCUGCCCUGGGUGCCCGUUCCCCAGCCUGUGAGGGAGACCUGCCUGGACCUCCUCGUAGAUCAGCCCCACAGCCUCCUGAGUAUCCUGGAUGCCCAGACAUGGCUGUCCCAGGCCACAGACCACACCUUCCUCCAGAAGUGCCACUAUCACCAUGGCAGUCACCCCUGCUAUGCCAAGCCCCAGCUGCCCCUUCCUAUCUUCACCGUGAGGCAUUACGCUGGGACCGUCACCUACCAGGUUCACAAGUUUGUGGACAGAAACCGGGAUCAUCUUGACCCUGCCGUGGUGGAAAUGCUUGCUCAGAGCCAGCUCCAGCUGGUGGGCAGCCUGUUCCAGGAAGCAGAGUCCCGGGCUGGGGAUGGGCGAGGCAAACCCACGCUGGCGUCUCGCUUCCAGCAUUCUCUGGAGGACCUCCUAGCCCAGUUGGGCAGGAGCCAUGUCUAUUUCAUCCAGUGCCUCAACCCCAACCCGGGAAAGCUUCCGGGUCUCUUUGAUGUAGAACACGUGGCAGAGCAGCUGCUCCAGGCAGGCAUCCUGGAGGCAGUGUGUACCCGCAGUGCCAACUUUCCUGUGCGUGUGCCCUUCCAGGCUUUCUUGGCCAGGUUCCGGGCCCUGGGGACAGAGGGGCAGGGAGAAUCCUCAGACCGGGAGAGGUGUGGCGCCAUCCUGAGCCAGGUGCUGGGGGCUGAGUCGCCCCUCUGUCACCUGGGAGCCACCCAGGUCCUGCUGCGGGAGUCCGGCUGGCGGCAGCUGGAGUGGCACUGGGCCCGGCAACGCUCCCAGGCCCUGCUCGCCCUGCACCGCAGCCUGCGCGCAUGCAUCUCUCGCCAGCGCCUCCGCCUCCUCCUCCUGCCACGGAUGCAGGCGCGCGUGCGAGGGCUCCAGGCCAGGUCUGCAGGGGAGCCAUCCCUGCCCCACCCUGGGCAGCCACUGACCAAGCCCCUGACCCGGCUGGUCGGGGAGAACCCUCAGCAUGCCCUGGAUAUCAACAAGGUGCUGCUGCGGCUCCUGGGGGACGGGUCCCUGCCCUCCUGGCAGGAGCAGACCAUGGGCGAAUACCUGGUGCGACAGGGGCAGCGCCGACCAGGGCUGCGGGACGAGAUCUUCAGCCAGCUCGUGGCCCAGAUCUGGCACAACCCGGACGAGCAGCAGAGCCAGCGCAGCUGGGCCCUCAUGGCCAUGCUGCUCAGCGCCUUUCCCCCAAUGCCCACCCUGCAGAAGCCGCUGCUCAAGUUUGUGUCCGACCAGGCCCCCACAGGCAUGGCGGCACUGUGCCAGCACAAGCUCCUGGGGGCCCUGGAGCAGACGCGGCUGGCCCCCGGGACGGCACGCGCCCACCCGCCCACCCAGCUCGAGUGGACAGCCGGACGGCGGCGGGGCCGCAUGGCACUGGACGUCUUUACGUUCAAUGAGGAGUGCUACUCAGCCGAGGUGGAGUCCUGGACCACGGGGGAGCAGUUUGCUGGGUCUAUUCUGCAGAGCAGAGGGCUGGAGGUGCCCCCCCGUGGCUGGUCCGUGUCACUGCACUCCAGGGAUUCCUGGCAGGAUUUGGCUGGCUGUGACUUCGUGCUGGACCUCAUCGGCCAGACUGAGGACCUGGGGGACCCCGUCAGUCCUCGCAGCUACCCCAUUGCCCCCCGUGGCUUAGACCUGGUCCGCAGCUCGGACCCCGCGCCCCGACGGCGGGCAGAGCCCAGCAGGGAGAUCCGCAACAUCAUCCGCAUGUACCAGAGCCGCCCGGGUCCUGUUCCUGUGCCAGUGCAGCCAUCCAGGCCCCCAACGUCUUUCAUGAAGAAAAACAACCCCAAGGAUGAGGCUCUGGCUAAGUUGGGGAUCAGUGGUGCCCACACAUCCACAUCGGUGCUGUCCCCCAGCCCAAAGAAGGGCCCCCCGCCACCUGUGGCCCCUCGACCCAAGGUCCCAACACAGCUUGGGCCCUCCAACUCCAUCAAGGAGGACCAGGGUCUGUUUGGCCAGACUCCACCCACUGCCCAUGCACCACCACCUCCUCCAGCGCCCCCACUGCCUGGGGAACCAGGGACCCUUUCAGCGGAGCCCCGUGGCUUGAUGGAGCCCAUGGGGGACCAGGGGGUCUCCACCCAGCUGCUCGUGCCCUCUGGCAGCGUGUGUUUCUCCUACGUCGGUGCGCCCUGGAGGCUGUUCCUACGCAAGGAGGUGUUCUACCCCCGGGAAAACUUCAGCCAUCCCUACUGCCUCCGGCUCCUCUGUGAGCAGAUCCUGAGGGACACCUUUGCCGAGUCCUGCAUCCGGAUCUCCCAGGAUGAGCGGCACAAAAUGAGAGAGCUACUGGGAGACCUGGAGGUGGGCCUAGAUUCACUCAGUACCACCGAGGACAACAUCAAGAAGCGCAUCGUGGUGGCCGCUCGGGACAACUGGGCCAAUUAUUUCUCCCGAAUCUUCCCUGUCUCGGGUGAGAGUAGUAAUGACGUGCAGCUGCUGGGCGUGUCCCACCGGGGGCUGAGGCUGCUCAAGGUGACCCAAGGCCCCAGCGUCCACCUCAACCAGCUGAAGACUCUCUGCUCAUACAGCUUUGCUGAGGUGCUGGGCGUGGAGUGCCUGGGCAGCUCCACUCUGGAGCUGUCACUAAAGGCUGAGCAGCUGGUGUUGCACACGGCCCGGGCAGGUGCCAUCAAGGCCACGAUUGAGCUGUUCCUGAGUGAGCUCAAGAAGGCAAGCGCAAGCUGGGCAGGGGGCUGGGUGGGGGCAGGGGCUGGUCAGCGGAGCUCCCUCAAGCCACCAGGGGUCCUCGGAACUCUGGAGUGCCGGGUGGCGGGCGAGGCCAACAGGGGGAGCAGGCAAGACCUGUUGGCUUACUUGCCAAAGCCGCUGCAACGGUUAGUGAGCACGUCAACCAUAAAGAACCUGAUGGAACAGGAGUUGAGGUGGAUACAAGCAUGCAGCUCCCAAGAAGCACAGAUCAGCUUCAUUGAGGCUGUGAGCCAGCUGCCCCUCUUUGGCUACACCGUCUACGUGGUGUUGCGGGUCAGUCAGCUGGCCCUGCCCGGACCCAGCCUUCUGGGGCUCAACCGCCAGCACCUCAUCCUCAUGGACCCCAGCUCCCAGAAUGUGUACUGCUCCGUCGCCCUGAAGGACCUGCAGAGACUCCACCUGCUGAGCCCCCUGGAGAGCGAUGGGCCCCCUGGCCUGGAACUCAACUACGGCUCUGCCGACAACCCCCGGACCAUCUGGUUUGAGCUGGUGAAGGCCCAGGAGCUGAAGCACACCAUCGCCUUCCUGAAGGACAGCGGCACUGCUUCCAACUAA